UUUGAUCUUUUGCACCAUCCUUCCCUGCAUUCUAUUGCUGCUCUGCUAGUGAAUGAAGAAAGCUCGACUCCCCAAAGAUAUGGAACCAAAUCCCAACUCAAAUUUCAAGGUAAUCUUGGGAUCAUCUUCUGUUGCCCGCAAAAAGAUUUUGGCUGACAUGGGAUAUCAAUUUACUACAAUGUCUGCAGAUAUAGAUGAGAAAGCCAUACGGAAAGAAAAGCCAGAGGAGUUGGUCAUGGCUCUUGCUGAGGCAAAGGCAGAUGCCAUCAUAUCAAAAUUUCAAACUAUUCAAAAUGAAGGGAAGGAUGUCAAACCCACAAUUCUAAUUGCUGCAGACACAGCAGAAGCCAUCAUACCAAAGCUCCAAAUUGAAGAAUACAACAUGGAUGCUGAGCCAGCGCUUCUAAUUACAUGUGACCAAGUGGUGGUAUAUGAAGGUAAUAUCAGGGAAAAGCCAUCCAGCAAAGAUGAAGCACGCCACUACAUUAAAGGUUACUCUGGGGGAUGUGCUGCUACUGUAAGUUCUGUUGUUAUUACCAACCUCAAGUCAGGAAUCAGAAAAGGAGAAUGGGACAAAGUUGAGAUACGUUUCCAGGACAUACCAGAUCAAGUGAUAGACAGCUUGAUCGAGGAGGGAAAUGUGCUGAAUGUUGCUGGGGCACUAAUCAUCGAACAUCCCCUUAUAUUGCCAUACGUAAAAGAAGUGGUGGGGGCGACUGAUAGCGUGAUGGGACUCCCCAAAGCUCUUACAGAGAGAUUGAUAAAGGAGGUUCUGUAGAAGCCUUUUGAGUUUGCUGGAGGUUGGAUCCCGCGUGUGCAUUUUUUUUGUCAAUGCUCUCAUGAUUUUAUGAAGCUGCAUUCUCGCCACCAUGUCUCUUGUACUAAGUUUUUAACAUCUUGCGAUAGAAUGAGAAAGGUUGUCAUUUGCCUUUGAAUUCGAGCAUCAUCACCUACAAUAUUUUUAGGGUUCAGAAUCCCUUCCAAAGCUGAAUUUUGUUGCGAGAAGGAAAAGAUAAAUGGGAAUGCCUUAUAUUUCAGUAAGAUGUUUAGAAAUGCAGGCUUCUCGUUUCUUUUUUCACUCUGAGACUAAGUACGCUUAAGAAUUCGUAAGAAUUAUUGACAUUGA